CAAUGAUUCGACAACACCUGCCUACUGGCACAACCUCUUUACCCCGAACUGGUGGGUUGUCAGUAGAGCCUCCUCGGUACAGACACAGCAUGGCGGCAGACGAAGAAGACAGAGCCGUCGGGCCGCUUCGGGACGUCGACGUAGUCAAUUUGUCGCAGACCUCGCAGGCGGAGCAACACUUGAAGGACGCUGUAGACCUUUUGCCGUCGGAGGAAAGUGCAUCGUAUCGGAAAGCGCUGCUACGAUGUAACGAUGUUGUAGCCACCGAAACUAAUCCGAAUCUCUUUCUGGAGUCUGAAGGCUUCGAUGCUUGGGCGGCGGCCAAGCGGCUCGCCAAGUACUGGACGUGUCGAGAGCAAUAUUUCGGAAGCAAUCGUGCGUUCUUGCCUCUUUUGAAUCUAGCGUUACCGCCGAAACAGCGUGCGCUCUCUUGCGCAGACAUUGCGCAACUUCAGUUGGGUGCUCUGGCGAAACUUCCCACCGACAAAUACGGGCGUACUGUGCUGCUGGUGGAUCGGAGCCGCUUGGACGGAACCAGGUCGGAUGCAGACUCCGAUCGCUGGUUGCGAGUGAUUUUUUAUUGGUUGAGCAAAGUGAUGCAUCAGAAAAACGUACAAAAGAAUGGGUUUGUCGUCCUCAAGAUAAUGCGAGGUCAAAACUUGGAUCGCCAACGCCUCCUGCAAACGCAAGUCAUGGUAAGAGAUUGCAUGCCGUGCAGAGUUACAGGGCUACAUCUUUGUUGUGUGCCUCCACCGGGUGGUCGCAAAACUUUUGCCGAUACCAUUGCUCCUAUUCUCUGGCAAUACAUUGUUCAUGUACUGCGACGAAAAGCAAAUGUACACGUGGCGGAAAGCGAGACUCACAUGUUGACACUGUUGCAAGACUACGGCCUAUUAAAGGAAUCGCUGCCCAAAUCGCUCGGUGGAAGUUGGAGCUAUGCUAAAUUUGACACUCUGGUAAAUAAGCUACUCUGUGGAAACGCUGACAGGAGGAAUACGGAAGGAGACUCGUCCGGCAUUGACUUUGGAUCUUUGAAACCGUCGGCGAUGAGGUCUGGGGCAGGACACUCGAAUCCUCUUUCCCCUUCUAUCCGCAUUCAAAACCGCAAGAGCCUAAAGCGGAAAAUUGAUGCUGUUUUUGCCGGAGUUCCUGCUCGACAACAACACAAAAAGCGGAUGGCUGGAUGA